AUGAAAGAAAUUCACUCAAGCCAUUUGCUCCAAUCUAUCACAAGUAAAUUAUUUAUAAGUACAAAUCGAAAUAAUAGUAAUCCAUCGAAAAAUAAUGAAAAUGGAAUAUUGUUUAAGUUUUUAAAAAAUGGGAAAAGUUUUCUUACAUCUCAACGAAUUCAAACUGAGAUUAGUCGAACACUUGAAAUAAGUCGAAACCAUCAAUGCCCUACGUUUAUUCUUCAGCCUGAAGAAAAUGGAAGUUCUACAUUAAUUAGUAUUGAUAAAAGUAAUGAAGUUCAAAGCCAAAUGAUUAAAGUAAAAAAAAAUGAAAACAAAUUAAUUUAUUUUCCUGGUGAAUACGAAGAUACACUUUUUAUGAAAUAUUUCCAAGAAAAUGUUAUUAGAGAAAAUAAUGCUGUAAUGAGUGGAUGCAUUGACUCUCUUAUUAAUUGUGUUUGUACAGAAGAUAGUGAUAUUAUGAGAGCUUUUAUUUGGACACAUUCUUCUUUUACAACAACUAACAUAAUGCUUUCAAUGCUUCAAGACAGAUUUGAGAAAUGUUGUUGUAAUGAUGGAAUAUUAUCACAAAAAAUUAAAGCAAGAAUUAUUAAUGCAAUUAAGUAUUGGAUUGAAAAUACUUGGCAAAUAACUAUUGAUAAAUCAAUGCCAAUUGUAGAACAAACAAAUCAGUUUUUAGAUUUAAUGAAAAGAUAUGGUAUGAAAAAACAAGUUCUUCUUAUUACUGAUGUUAUGGAAAGGAUAUUAACUGGAAAUGGUCUUGUGUUAAUUCAAAGUGUUAGUGAUACAGUACAACCAAUUAUACCUUCAUUACAUAACGUUUUUAAGUUAAAAAGAGAACCAAAACUAAUGGAUUUUCCACCAUUAGAAUUUGCUAAACAAAUUACUUUGUUUACAUCUGAACUUUUUAGAAAAAUUAAACUUGUAGAAUUCUUUAAAUCAACUUCAAACGCUACAAAGAAUGAAUGUUUUAAUAUUAUAGAAAUGACUAAUUUUUAUAAUGCUUUUCAAAAUUGUUUAACUGAAUUAAUAUUAGGACAAAACGAUCUUCAAAAACGUGCAUUAAUUGUAGAACGAUUAGAUCUUAUUGCAUAUUAUUGUCUUCAACUUAAUAAUUUCUUUAUUGUUGUUUGUAUUGUAACUUUAUUUGAAACAUCAGCUCUUCAUCGAUUAAAACGAACAUUUAAAGCAGUAAGUCAUGAUGUUCAGGAGAAAUUUGAAACAGUAAGAAAAGUAGCUAAUAUGGAAGGAAAUUGGAAAAGUUUAAGAGUUGCAGAAGAUAAUUGUACAGCAGCAAUGGUACCAUUUUUAGGAUUAAUAUUGAGUGAUUUAUUAUUUACUAAUGAUGGUAAUAAAACAAUUACAUCUGAUUCUACAAUUAAUUUUGCUAAAUGUAGAAAACUUAGUGAUAUUGUUAUUACAAUUAAUAGAAUUCAACAACUUUCAUAUGGAAGUAAAAUAUUAAAAUCUGAAGAAUAUCAAACAUAUAUUAUUGAUAAAAUUCAACAUGGAGAGUUUGUUGAAAAAAAACCUGGUAGUGAUUCUUUUCAAUAUAAUAUUUCUAAACAACUUGAAGUAUCUGAUUGUGUUACACAAGAGGUAUUUACACAAGAAGAAAUACCAGACGGACACUUAUCUAUAUCAGUAGUAUUACCUAACCAAAUUAAAAUAAGAAGAUUUUUACCAUUAAAAGAACGUUUAACAUUAGGAAGAGUUUUAAAUGAUAUUAAUGGUAAAGAGUUUAAUUAUCAAAAUAAAAAAAUAUUUUUCUUCUUUUUUGAAAACCAACCUAAUUAUUGUUAUCCUCCUAAUAAAAUUAUUGAUGAAGUAUUCUUUGAACACACAUUUAAAACAAUUAGUUUUGCUACUGUAUUAAGUGAUGUAAAAUAUGUUAAUUGUAUUUUUGAAUAUAAUGGGUCAUUAGCUAAUUGUCAAAUACCAAUAGAUAAUACUGUUCCUUUAAUACAACAAUAUCCAAUAUUCCAUACAUAUAUUUUAAAUUCAUUUUCAUUUAUUCCUUUAAAAAUUUCUCAUGACUUUACGGUUGAAGGAUUUUUAUCUAUUCAAUAUAGUCUUCAAGAAUACAAUUGGAAAAGAGAUGAUAUGUUAUAUCUUAUUAAUAUAUCUUCACUUUCAUUAUAUUUUAGUAACUUAGAUAUUGAUGAAAUUAGAUUUAAUUCUUUUUGGAAUUAUAAAAAAUUUGAAAUAAAAAUGUGUGAUGGAACUGGUCAUACAUUACCAGAACAAUGUACUUUAAUGGUUGUUGAUCAAUUUAUCUUAUUAUAUAAAGAAAAAGUGUUUCAAUGUUGUUUCCCAUUAGAUUUUGUAAAAGUAUUAAUGUUUAUACAACAACCAAGAUUAUUAUUACGUAUUAAAUAUGAGUAUCCAUUUGAAAUGAUAGAAAAAGGGAUUUCUAAUGAAGGAGCAUCAAUACCAUCUACAAAUAAUGAACUUUUAUUUGAUGCAGAUAAAGAAGUUAUUCAACAAUUAAUAUUCCAUCUUCAUAUCAACCAUGUUAAAUUUAAUAAAUAUCAAUUAUUUGGAAUUAGUCCUGAAUUUGUAAUUCAAAACUCAACAUAUCAUUCACCAAAAAUAUUAAUAGAAAUUAUAAAAGCAAUGUAUUUUAAAAGUGAUUUUUUUGAAGACCAUUUCUUUGAAAAUAUGUCAUUGGAAGAUGCAAUGAUUGAAUCUGAAAAGAUAGAAAGUGGAGUUCGUAUUGGUUAUGAUGCUUUACCAUCUCCUACAUUAGUUGGUAUUUUUUAUAUGUAUUUUUAUACUUUAAAUAUCCCAUUAUUACCUAUUAAUGAUUUAGAGUCAAUUAAUAAUUUCACUCAAUUGGAAGUUAAAGAACAACAAGACCUUUUGUUUAAAUUGUAUUCAAAUAUUUCAUCUUCUUUACGUGGAUUAGUGAAAGUUAUUUUAGAAUUAUUUAGUCAAUGGCUAUUACCAAAUCCAUCAAAAAUUGAUCAUAUUCUUUCUUACUCACAAUUUCUAUUCCUUGAGUUGGUUGAUGAGUCUGUUGCAAAAGAAAUGUUUAAACUAUUAAUUCUAAAAUUCCCUACACUACCUCCAAUUGAAAUCCCAUCAGUUACUUUUAUUGAAAUGAUUAGAAAUUAUUCAUUAACUCCAAUUAUGGAUGAAGAGGUAAGAGUUAAACAUAUUGAAGAUAUUAAACAAGCAAUAAAUGAACCUAAUGCAGUAAACAAAUUAUUAAAUCAUAAAAACUCUCAUUUAGAUCUUGUGAAGAACCCAACAAAAUGUCCAUUUAAGAAGAUUAACACAAUGACUUUAAAACAUUCAAAAGGAAGUAGAUUAAAAAUUGGUAAGAAUAGAAAUGGUUCAAUUAUUUCAGAUGAAUUGUUAUGUGCUGCUGUUGUUGAAGGAGAUGAAGAAAUUGAUGAAAAAGAGGAAGAAAUUGUUAAAACACAUAAAUUAGCAAUAGGACGAUUUAAAUUAACUGAGGUCAAUAACUCUAAUGAUUCACAACUAAUAGAUAGAAAUGAUUCAUUUGAAAGAAAAGCUGAAAGAAGUUUAUCACUCUCUCCACGUGUAAGAAACAAGUUUAUAGAAUCAGAAGAUAAAGUUAUUUUAACUAAUGAAGUUAAUAAAUCUCUUACACCAGGAAGUUCUAACAACAGUCCUAGUUCUGAAAGAAGUGGGUGGGAAAAAGGAGAAGAAACACUCCAUUGUUGUUCACCAAGAAAAUGUGAUUUUAUGAGAAAAGGUAGUGAAAGAAGAGAAGAGAUCAUUAGAAAAAUGAAAGAAGAAAGAGAAAACAAAGAAGGAUCUAAGGAAAGUCCACACUCCAGUUCACCAACAGUUGAAUUAUCUCCAUGUGCCACUCCAAAUGAAAAAGCACAAUCUCCAAUAUUUAUAAAUAUAAAUAUAGUACCUAGUGAUAGAAAAUCUCCUAACCUUCAACUGGACUCGAUUUGUUUAAAUACAGCCCCUGUUUUGGUUAAUAACACUACUUCUAGGACAAGACCACCUCUCCCAAAAAGAAAUAUCUCUAAAUCACCUUUAUCUACUUCUGCUUCUGUUGUCUCUACACAAAGACUUCAGUCACAACAAAGUAGUUCAAGACCACUUCCAAAACUUCCUGUUGUUAAAUCUACCGUUUCAUCUUCAAAUGAAAAACCUGAAGAAAGUAAUGGACUAAAUGAUAGUACAACAAAACAAUUUGUUCCUCGAGCUAAUGCAACUCAAAGAGAGUCACUAAUUCGUCCAUCCACAGUGAAUAAAAAUAAUCCAUUUGACUUGUCUCACUCUAAAACAUUUGAAGAUAAUUAA